AUGGCACUUGGAAAAAUAUUUCAAAACAAUCGUAAGACAGAACCUACGUCUGUCUUUUCGUUACGACUUAUUGUAACGGCACUAUUUGGAAUCAUUCUGGUUGGAUACUCCAUAUUUUUGAUUUUGGAUAUUCGCAAUGAUCAUCCAUCUAUUCAAACUUCUUUUAUUGAAACAAAUUCAUUGCCGGUUCCAGAUGUAUUUUUUUCAACAAGUUCUAAUGAAGGGCUGAAAAACAUGGGAAUUAUGAUUUAUAUUGAUGAUGCCACUUACAAUGCGAGUGAUCCAUCAAUGUCUAUAAAUAUUCAAGCGAUUGAUUCAG